AUGAGAAAUCGGCUUUGGCUCCUUGCUGCCGUUGUCUCCAGCAUUAUUCAGGUGGCGAGUUCUGAGCUCCUGGCCCUGUCAGCGAGCUCCUCUUCACCAGGCCAAUUGGAUGUCUUAUUCGGUUCGGCGGCCGUCACUGCCGGAGCGGCAGGAGCAUCGCAGACAAGUUGCGGCGUCCUCAAUGCUUGGAUAGUCACGGUGACGGAGCUGGGCGGAACUUCCACCGAAGUUGAUGUCGGGGCAAAUUGCAAUCUUCCAACACCUUCUCUCACAGGUCACACCUGCCAACUUGGUCUGCAAAGCAACACGGACUACACAGUGGAGGUGAUGGAGGAGUGCAACGAGACAGAGGCCAGAAACAGUUCCAGCUCUUCGGUUCGCACUCUGCCGCAGCCAGCAUCGGCCCCGAAUUUGGUGAUCGCGGAUGUCAGUAGGACAUCGCUGUCCAUCGAAUGGUCCUCCGGCGGGGACGGAGACUGCAUCUUCCAGAGCUGGGAGGCAGAGUGGCGUCCAUUCGGGGGAAGCUGGAUGCUGGCAGAGAACGAGACGGGCACGUCGGAGCUCCUGACGGGCUUGCAGGAAAACACAGCGUACGAGUUCAGAGUGCGGCAGUUGUGCAGUGACAGCAGCUUGAACUCUGCCUAUGCAGACUUUCCAGAGUCCCUCCUCACACUUCCUGGCAUCUUCAGCGUCUUCGUGGGAACCAGCACGGACACGCGAGUCAUUCAGCUGAGUUACGGCCCGUCGCGCUGCCGUGUGCUGAAGCAGUGUUGUGGAGAUCAGUUCACCGUCUGCCACAGCGGAGAAGCCAGAAAGACGGUGACCUUGAGCCGCAUGGAUGUGAUGGGUGGCUGGGGUCAGCCUCUCUGGCUGCAGUGCACUGCCCAGUCUGUGGCGGACUACACGACCUUUACGGAGGUUCAGGCCCCCGCUCCGUUGUGGCUGCAGCUACACGAAGCAACGGCAACGACAAUGAAGGCAAAGUACCGCUUGGGCUACAUCAUCGAUGAGACGGCUACCUGUGACUGCGCGACCUUGUCUUUGGAGCUCCGGGCCGAUGAUUCGGAUCAAACCACCGAGGACAGCUCCUUCAGUUACCGUCAAGACCAGGUGGCCAAACUCGGAGAUCGGGCCAGGCCCGAGACGACGGAGGAAGAUCGGCGAAGAUUUCAGGCCAGCCCGUUCAUGCAAAGAAUGCGGGAGAUUGAUGAGAAAGCCUGGCAGCAGUUCAGUGAGAGGGACAAGAAGCGGUCCCAGACAGAUCCAAGUUUCAGCCCCAAAGACACAGAUUUCGAAGCUCCCAAGUCUUUCAAGUAUGACAAGUCGGUGAACUACUACAAGACACUCGGUGUCGAGGAGUACGCCACCAACGAUGAGAUUAAGAAAGCUUACCGGAAGCUGUCGCUCAACUACCAUCCCGAUAAGCAGACCAACAAGACUCAGGAGGAGAAGGACGAAGCAGCAGCAAUCUUCAUGGAGAUCAAGAAUGCCUACAAGCUCCUGGCCGAUGACCCCACCCGGCGGCAGUAUGAUUUCGAGCGUGAUCGCGACAACGUGAGUGCACAGAGCCAUGGGAAGAAGCCUCAGGAGAAGAAUGGCUUUGACGCUGGGGAGGCACUGCAAAGGAUGAUGCAAAGAGCUAAGGAGAACAAGAAGCUUCCAAGCGAGAUCAUCACUGUGCCGGUGCACUGCAGGAUAGAGAAGUUCGUUUUCGGUGGCCAAAAGACCUUGAAACGCACAAGGCUCGUGAAGGACAAGAGCUACGGUGGUUUCAAUGAGGAAGUGAAGACUUUUCGGAUCGACCUCCCUGCUGGAGUGGAGCAGCCCUGGAGUGUGGACUUCCGGAGACAGGGCGAUCAGCAUGAGGGACGAGAGGCGGACACGAUCCGUUUCCUGUUCUCGGCGAAGCCGCACCUGUGGUUGGAUCGAGAUGGCCAGGAUAUCAAACUGAGGGAAGCGAUCCAGCUGGGCUCGUCCAUGCGAUCCGAGGCUUACUUGUCUGCUUCCAUCGCACCCUUUUCCGGCCGCCAGGUCUUCAUCUGGGGUCGAAAUCCAUUCCAUGGAUCCACUGCGGUGGCCGAGGAAGGGCAGUUGGCGGUGCAGCUGCAGGGCCUUGGCUUGGGCCCACAAGGAGCCUUGGCCUUGCUGUUGAAGCUGGGAAUGGGAGGUCGGCCCGAGAGUCAUCGCUUGCACGUGCCGCCGGGACCCCCGGCCGGGCGCCGGCAGUUCCUGGAGCGCUUCGGCCUCGCUCCCAAAGCCGGCUUCAGCGAGCCGCAACCGGAGCCAGGUGCCGGGAGCAUGCUGCGGACCCUCCUGGAGCGACGCCAGGUCAGGAGAGAGAUGCACGACAGGCUCACCGCGGACGUCGAGUUGAGGCCCAUCGGACAAGCGAUUCGGCUCUUCACCAAGCCACCGAGUACUCUUACUUUUCUGGCCAGCACAGCUCCAAAGUACGAGCUUUUUGCAGUCAGCCUCGACUGUCCAGCGUGCGGCAAGAAGAAGGCUUCUGCGGAUUGGGACCGGCUGAAGGCCCGCUUGACAACAGUGCUGCAAGAGACGGCCUUUAUCCUUCUCGCACAGGCGCGCAGCGUGCGACCUCGGUGUCUCCUGGCUAAGCCGAUCUUUGAUGAUAGGAUCACGCUCUCAAGGCCUGAUCGCCCCAUGCCCUGGAAGAAUAUGGGCGAUCAGGCGUUCAAGCAGGGAAGCUACUGGAUUGCGUGUGGUGUCUACGCGAAGCGACUUGAGGAGUUGCGGAUUGCGGUUCAUCUGCAGACGGAUGAUGCAGAGGAGGAGGCGUGUGAGGAGGAGGAGGAGGAGGUGAUCGAUGUGAGCGGACAGCGCGGCCCGGACUUGGUGCCAGAAGCCGCGAAGGUUCUCUCUAACAGGGCGGCUUGCCUCAUCAAGGUGCAGGACUACCUGGCGGCCGUGGCCCAUGCGAGGAAGGCUGCUGCCUUGGCUCCGCGCUGGGCUCGGGCUUGGAGUCGCUUGGGCCAGGCGGCAUGGGAGCUGGGGGACAAGUUCCGUGCCGAGGCCGCACAAGCGUACGCCAAGUCCGUGGAGAUGGACCCGCUGCCCUCCACGGUCCAAGCGCUGCAGAGCAGUGUCUCCCAGUUGCAGGGCCCGAAUCCGGAUGCGUCACAUGCUGCCAAGGAGAAGGGGAACGAGGCCAUCCGCUCAGGUCAGAUUGGUCUGGGCAUCGCUCUCUACACGCAAGGCAUCGCUCAGCUCCCGGCGGCAACGUCAGAGGACCGGUCCAACUCCGACGCGAAGCCCGACGAGCACGCGCUGCUACGGGGAGUGCUCUUCACGAACCGCUCGGCGGCCUUCUCUCGUGUGCGAAGCUGGGAUGCCGCAGUGAAGGAUGCGAAGGAGGCAGUGGCAGCACAGCCAGGCUUGUCCAGUGCUCACUCCCAGCUUGGAGUUGCAUUGCUCGGAAGUGGCUUCCAUCAGGAGGCCUACGUCCAAUUCGCCAGGGGGUUCCAGUUGGAUUCAGAGCACAAGCCUUCCAUCAAAGGUCGCAACACCUGCCUCAAGGAGAUGGUGGCCUGGAAGUCGGCAUCUGCCACAUUGCGAUACCAGAAUCGUUUCUGGCUGGAUCUUCGUCGACCCAAGGGAUCCACGAGGAUUUUCGCAAUCUCCGACCUGCACUUUGAUCAGAAAUGCAACGAGGAUUGGGCCCAUGCGAUUGAUGACAUAGCCUUCCUGGACGAUGUCCUCAUUGUUGCUGGCAACGUGGCUGACACGAAGGUCGGGAUGGCACGGGCGCUCACCACGCUCAAGUCCAAGUUCAGGAGAGUCUUCUAUACAGUUGGUAACCACGAGAUGCAAAUCGCGACCUCGGAGUUUGCACGUUAUCCUGACUCCAUCGCGAAGCUUUCUGACAUUUUCAGUACCUGCGACGAGUUGGGAAUUGAUGUUUUCCCAGCCCCGGUGUGCGAAGGGGUUCUAGUAGUACCGCUCCUCUCCUGGUGCAGUGCCGAAUUCGACCACGAGGAUCCGUUUCCGGAUCCAAACUCCAACUUCAAUCGUCGCUGCUCGUGGCCCAUGGAUCCAGACUUGCAGGUCUGGAAGUAUAUGAUGAAGUUGAACGAAUCCUUCCUUAGCUUCCAAGGCUAUGAGACCGUGAUAACGUUCUCCCACUUCCUCCCGCGACAGGGCCUGCCUUUUGACAAGACCAGGAAAAACGCGGUGAAGGCUGUAGGGUGUGACAUGAUCGAUGAGCAAGCGAGGGCACUCAAGAGCAAGCUGCACGUCUACGGUCAUGGACGCGUGCGAUAUGCUCAGAUGCACUCGGGCGUGCGGUACGUCAGUCCACCUAUCGGUUUCGAAGCGGAUUGGCCGAAGGACCACCCUCCGCGCCUCAUGCUGGUACAUACCGGCAAGAGCCUCUGCAUGCAAGAGUGGGGAGCAGAUGAUGAGCCUCCCUUGGGAUAUGUGAAGCGGCUUCUGAAUUUGAGUUUUUACACCAUGCCCGGUUUGCGUGAGAGCGAGCUUCGGAAGCUCCAAAACACCGUGCAGCGGCACAAUUCCUUCCCUGGGAUUGCAUGCUCUUUCGACCGUCUUGGCAGCAAGAACCAGGACAAAGAAGCACUGUCAAAAGAUGCGUUCCCAGACUUUGCACAGUUGAGCAAGGAUGCUACGCACGUCAUGAUCACGGUUGCAGACUGUCUGGACAACCUGAAGGACCUCUGGAAGAGUGACAUUUUUGCGAAGGACUGGCCGGCAGCAAUUGCGCCCCAUGCACGCAACACGGUGUCUUUCACCACACCACUCGGCUUGGACCUCGUCCAUGCAAAGAAGCGAGACCCGAUGCUAAUCGUAUACGGCUUACGGUUGAGCGAAGCGGUCAGGGAAGAUGGUGACGAUUAUGGCAAAAUGCAGAAGGCGGUCGAAGCCAUCAACAAGCUUCCUGGCAUUGAUGGCAAGAUUGCAGUGUCUCUCCACCCUACGGGCUUCGCCCGGUUCUCGCACAGUGAGCUGUUGGAAGAGUUGGGUGAGAAGAAUGACAAGAGCUGUGGGCUCACUCAUGUCUUCACGGUUUUGGUGGAUGAGCCCGCCAGCUAUAAAAUGCUUGCUCAGAGUAAGACUUUCGGAAAGUGGAAGUCUUCCUACGAGCCUUCCCUGGUCGGUCGCGGUCCGAAUGUCAUGGCCUUCGCCCUGCCCCUGGAUAUCGCAGCAACGGCAUCUGCUCCCAAACCUCCCAAAGGGACGAAGGGAAGCAAUGGCACCCGUGAUUGUUUCCUUAUCGAUGCCCUGCCAGACAAGAAGUAUUGGGGGCGAAUGAAAAUGUCGUGUGAGAAUUCUUCGGUGGACAGCGAGUACACUUACACGGAGGACUACAUCAUCACACCUCCAGCCUGCAUAUGGUCGACGCACACUGGACAGUGGGGUCAGCCGGACCAGUUCGAAUGCGUUGACGGCACCUACUGCAGUGAGACGGAUCCUAGCUGCUGUGUUCCGCAUGGUGGACGCAUCAGGUGUCCAGCGAGCACGCCUUUCAUGUGCCACAACCCGUGGGACUGUGCCGACUCCCAGGAACGCUGUUGCAAAGCGACGGAGGAGGAAUGCAAUGAUCACGGCGGCUUACGGACGUGUGAGGUGCCUGCCAAGACGCCGCUGCUGACCCAAGUGGAGUCCUUGGGGCCUGCAUCACUGACCAUAUCCUGGGAGCCGCAAGAGUACCUGAUCGGCUACUCCAGCUGCCAGUUCCUGGAGUGGCGAGUUGCAAUUUCGCAGGUUCACAUCUACGGCGAGGGACAAUGGAUCUGGAUGCGGGAAUGUGACACGCGAGAUUACAACAAGAGGAGCUGCACGAUCGAGAACCUCCGCAGCUUAACGGACUACAACGUCCGGGUGUGGGCGCAGUGUACGGUGGUGGAAUUGAGCUCAUAUCCCAACAGAACGACGGUUGCUGUUGGGACGCGGCCCAUCCCCGCCGUUCCGCCGUCGGCGCUCUUCUGCACAGGCCUGGAGCCACUCCGCUUCUAUGCGGAUUGGUGGGCAAGUGACCCAGAGGACUGCGAGUUUGUGGCCUGGGAGCUGGAGGCGCAGCUCUUGCCAAGGACGGCAGGAUUCACGGAGGAUGGCCUUUUUGAGGGAGCAGCUCCUGGUGGCGAGUAUGAAACGAAGUGUGUGCUGUACGACCGAGACUUGCGGGAGUGCUGGGUGACAGAUCUGCUUGCGGAUCGGGAUUACAAGAUUCGAGUUAGAGAAACCUGCACCAAUCCCCUGGCCAACAGCGAGUUCUUCAUAAGGUACCAAGAGUGCGCCACGCUGACCAUGCCAGCCUUCAAUCCAGAGAACUUGACCCAUUACAACGAAGACCUCUACACCUUCGAGGUCAGCUGGGAUCCUGGUGAUCCCAAGGCAUGCAUCUUCCAAUAUUGGGAAGUCCAGGUGAAGGUGAACGACACGGACUGGCCUGCAGGUGAUGAUCCACCGGUUUUUGGAUGCCGUGUCCUUCAGCGGAGUACAACGAAGUGCAUGGUUCAUGUCGGCCUGAACAGUGGCAAAGCCUUCCAAGUGCGGAUGCGUGAGGCGUGCACAGUGCGGCGACUCUACACGGACUGGGUCUAUUACGAUGAGGUGGUUGAAACAAGACUGCCGGUGCCUGCCUCAAUGCCGGAGAACCUGACGGCCAACUCCACAUCACCAAACCACGACAUCUCCUUUGCGUCGCUGGAUGUGGCGUGGGAUGCACACCCUCCGGGCGAAUGCAUUUUCACAGGCUGGAAGGUGGAGACUCGAAUACAUGAUCGAAAUCGCGAUUGGGAGGAGUCCUCCGAAUGCAGGGCCAACCCUCGUGAGCCCUUCGAGUGCCAAAUCACACAAGGAUUGCUGAGCAACGUGUACUACGACAUGCGGAUAACGGAGACUUGUGUUGAUCCAAAUGCACUCGGAGACACGCUGACAGUUCUCGACAUUGCACGGACCCGUCCUGUUCCAGCGGUGGCCCCCUUCAUCGUGUCCGUCUAUGCAACAAGUGCGCGAUCGCUUGGAGUGAGGAUCUCACAGCGGGCAGCUGGCCAGUGUGUGUUCGAGGCCUACAAGAUGGAGUGGAAGAUGCAGGGGUGGGACUAUUGGCUGCCAUAUGAUGAUUGCACACCUCGCAGCACGACGACUUGCUCCGUUUCUGGCUUCCCUGCUAGCCAGAGUUACUACACGGUGCGGAUGAAGGAGAGCUGCACCGACCCGAUGGCAGACAGUCCUUGGGUCGAGUGGCCCGACUUCGUCUUGACGUGGCCAGAGCCCGCGCAGAUCCCGAGCAAUUUCACGGCCGUGGAGCUUACUGCGUACAACAUGACUUUCACCUUCGAGCCGGGUCUUGGCUUGGACUGCACGUGGUCUUCUUGGGAGGUGCAAAUUCUACAAGGAGAUGCCGGCCCGUCAGAUCCGAAAUCCACAGCCCAGCCUCGUGCAGCCAUGUCGAUCGUUCCCAGCUCGGCGGUGACGCUGGCUGGUGCCGAGCAGGCGGUGCGUGCCGGAAUAGCUGCAGCAGAAAAGUCAGGUUGGAAAGUCGCUGUCGCAAUCUGCGAUGCUGGUGGAAACCUGAUUGCGCUGCAUCGCAUGGAUGGCUGCAUGCCGAUUGGUGCCGAGAUCGCCACGGAAAAAGCUCGAUCCGCGAUCCUCUUUGCCCGGGAGACGAAGCUGUUGGAAGGGGCUGUGAACGGAGAGAAGUCCAAUGGCGGAGAGCGUGCGGCGCUCCUCACGUCCGGCCGUGUCCUCAUGGAAGGUGGAGUGCCCAUCAUAGACCCGAGCCAUGGUCGGAUCAUUGGAGCUUGCGGUGUUUCGGGAGUGAAGCCCAACGAGGAUGCAGCUGUUGCCAAAGCCGCAGUUGAGUGCUUGGUCCCAGCAUCCAAGCUCUAA